AUGGUGGUGGCGAGUGAAGAAGCAGGUGUGAAGGAUAACCAAGAAAACAAGGAAAAUACGAUUCCAAAGGAGAACAUUUGGGUACAAAUUCUAGCCAACAGUGUGUCUUGCCUAUCAGCCAUAACGGUCGGCCUCUUGUUCGCAUGGACUUCCCCUUUCAUCGUGAAAAUACUCGACGACGAGACUUAUGACGUCACCGAUAACCAAGCGUCCUACCUAACCGUCAUACCGCCCAUCGCCAUGAUACUAUCCAGCCUAGCCUUCUCCAAACUUUGCGACCUUAUAGGGAGGAAAAGGACUCUGAUGUUGAUAACCAUACCACAUGUUCUGGCCUGGCUGCUGACCCUAUCGAAAAACAUCAACCUGCUGUAUGUUUCAAGGUUUUUCGCUGGAACGGGUGACGGUUGCCUUUUCGCAGUGCUGCCCAUGUAUAUCGGCGAAAUUUCCACCCCCAGAGUGCGCUGCAUAUACGGCAACCUGGUCAACGUUUUCACCUACUUCGGCAUGUUCCUCGUCAACGUCAUAGGCUCGCAGACCAGUGUCAGAACGACCGCCUUCAUAUGCCUGCCGCUUCCCCUGAUUUUCCUCGUCUCCAUGCACUUCAUGCCCGAAUCGCCAUCUUGGCACGUGAUGAAAGGCAAAGAAGAAGAAGCCAAAGCUUGUCUGCGACGGUUGAGGUGCAAAGAAGACGUGGAGGCCAUUUAUCGGCAGCUGGAAGCCGACGUCACCCGACAAAUGUCGGAGACAGGCACUUGGAAGGACCUCGUGAUGAACAGCACCAAUCGCAAAGCUUUGAUAGCAGGAGUUUUCCUGCGAGUGUCCCAGCUGAUAGGCGGCGUGACUGUGUUCAACGUGUACACCCAGUACAUAUUCAAACAUUCCGGUACUGACGUGAGCUCAGAAAUAGCCUCCAUGAUCUACACGGGGAUGUGUUUCGUGCUCAUCUUCCUCGCUGGCUUCGUCGUUGAAAAGAUAGGAAGAAGAAAAGCGUUCAUGUUUUCGAUUCUCUUUUGUGGGGUGGUGCUCAUUUUGGAGGGUGUUUAUUUUUAUGUCGACCAGCAAAGGCAUGACGUCGAUCUUUCUAAAGUGAAAUGGCUUCCUGUAGCGGGGAUGCUGCUCUACAUAGUGUUCUGUUCUUCCGGUAUCAUAUUGAUACCGACGCUUAUGUUGGGAGAACUAUUCUCAGCUAGUAUCAAAGCUAAGGGACUGAGCGUGCUUGUGAUCACCUUCGGACUCAUGAUUUUCGUGUCGAACAAUAUUUUUUACUGGCUGAAAAGUGGAGUAGGAAUGUGGGGGCCGUUUGUAUUUUUCGGGGUGAGUAACUUGGUGUCGACGUUCCUCACGGUAUUAUUCGUGCCUGAAACGAAGGGCAAGACUCUCGAAGAGAUACAGCAAUCGUUGAAAAAGUCGCGGCCUGUUUAACUUCAUGGGUUGCGUGCAAGAACUGUCAGAUAAUUGACCCUGGGGGUGAAACAUUGAAACACAACCUCACUUUUGAUAUUUGUUUACAAAUGAUUGAAAUAGUUUUUCAGAAUUAUUUUGGCAUACGA